UCCCAUUCAUCCGAUCGAAACAGUGAACCGGGGCAGUGGGUGGGUGGUUGGUUCGGGUCUGGUUGACUUGUAUCCGACUCGCUCGACUACCCGCAGUUCUGAAACUGAAAUUUGGGGAGCAUUGACUGCACCUAUGCGUCAUAGUAGUAAUGGACGGCCUUUCUCCAUUCUGCGGAAGGCGAAUGCAAUACAUCAUAUACUAAACGCCAAAAAGAAAAAAAGACAAUUUCUCUACGCUCUACUAAAAUUGCGUUUCAGCGGCUCAACCACCCCAUUGAUCGCUUCGUAUCGCAUCCUUUUUCACCACAGUCUGACUCCCUCUCUUUGUGCCAGGUUCUGUUUUGCGCAUUUUGACGAUUAAUAGCCUCUUUGAAGGAGAUUAAGCGAUUGAAAUUGCAAUUCUGAACCAUUUUCUGGUUUCGAUUCCAGUAGCUAAAGAUGGGAAAGAAGCGUGUCAUGGUGCCGGCCCAGGAGGUUGACUUAUCCAUCGUGAAGUACGAACCCGAAGCUAUCCAAGCGCCCCAUUUGACGGGGUUCCUAUUCAAGUUUUUUGUGAGCAUAAUUGAAGCGCCGGUGAUAGGCUCCCUACUCAUAUCUUACUUGAAGAAGAAGAAUAAAUUUAUCGAGAUGUUGCGGAAUACGGAGAUACCAGAGGCUCCCAUGUUUAAACCUGAGUUUCCUCCUCAAGAACCAGAACAUGGCGUUGUCACCCUUCAUGAGGACGGGAAACCAGAAGACCGAGUUGAAUCGGCUUUGAAGUGUCUUCCAGAUUACGAUCUUCCUGGCAGCUGGAAUGGGAAUCAAGAUCCACCAUUCAAGUACUGGAAGAUCCGUGAUUAUGCUUAUGCUUAUCGGUCUGGGCUUGCGACCCCAUCUAUAGUGGCAGAGCGCAUCAUCCCAAUUAUCGAGGACUUCAGCAGUAAGAAGCCCCCGCAACCUUUGUUGAUUUCCUUUGAUGCUGAGGAAGUCAGGAAGCAAGCUGCAGCGUCUACAAAAAGGUUUGAGGAAGGAAAGCCGUUAUCUAUAUUGGAUGGGAUUUUCAUGGCAAUCAAGGAUGAUAUAGAUUGCCUUCCUCAUCCAUCUAAGAGCGGUAGUACAUGGAUGCAUCAGGUUCGCUCUGUCAAAAAGGAUGCAGUUUGUGUUUCAAGACUGCGUAGCUGUGGUGUGAUUCUUUUAGGGAAAGCAAAUAUGCAUGAGUUUGGCAUGGGUACGACUGGAAAUAACCCUAAUUUUGGAACAGCAAGGAAUCCUCAUGCACCUGAAAGGUAUACUGGUGGAUCUUCCUCAGGUCCUGCAGCAAUUGUAGCUUCUGGACUAUCCUCUGCUGCACUUGGAACAGAUGGCGGAGGUUCAGUCCGUAUUCCUUCAUCCCUCUGUGGUGUAGUUGGCUUCAAGACAACGUAUGGACGGACGGAUAUGGAAGGAUCAUUAUGUGAUGCUGGGACCGUGGAGAUUAUUGGACCAAUUGCAUCAACAGUGGAGGAUGUCAUGCUAGUGUAUGCAGCAAUCUUGGGAUCCUCUCUUGCAAAUAGAAACAGUUUACAACCGUCCGCACCUUGUUUGCCAAUACUGUCAGCACGCGACAGUUUAAAUGCUUUGGAAUCAUUGCGAAUUGGAAAGUAUACAACGUGGUUCAAUGAUGUAAACUCGACUGAUAUUUCUGAUCAGUGUGAAGAUAUUCUAGGUUUGCUGUGCAAAGCUCAUGGUUGUAGAAUGGUGGAAAUUGUUAUACCCGAGCUCCAGGAGAUGCGCAAUGCUCAUCUUGUUUCAAUUGGAUCUGAAAUGCUGUGUUCCGUGAAUCCUGAUUGUGAGGAUGGGAAAGCUGCGAGAAUGACAUACGAUACUCGUACUAGUUUGGCCCUUUUUCGAUCAUUUACUGCAUCAGACUAUGUUGCUGCCCAGUGUCUCAGUUUUUUGCAUAUACACUUCAGGCGAAGGAUUAUGUACCAUCACAUGGCAAUAUUCAAGAACGUUGAUGUCAUAGUGACCCCAACAACAGGCAUGACAGCUCCCGUGAUACCUCCUAGUGCACUUCAACAUGGGGAGACAGACAUGCAGGUUACAGGUGAUCUUAUGCGGUUUGUCAUUGCAGCUAAUCUUCUUGGACUUCCUGCCAUUUCUGUGCCUGUCGGUUUUGAUAAACAAGGACUUCCAAUAGGUUUGCAACUAAUAGGCCGUCCAUGGGGUGAAGCUUCUCUUUUGCGUGUGGCUUCUGCUAUAGAGGAACUGUGUGUAAAGUCCAAGAAGAGGCCUGUGUCUUUUUAUGACGUUCUGAAGACUAACUAAAGUGCUGCCUCUUGCUGUGCUCGUGAUAGCCAUUUGUUAAAACGCAAUAUGUCAGGAUUCUAUGCUAAUUGGCCCACGUCCAACAUCAGUUUCCUUGUUGAAAUUGAUCCGUUGUGACAAUAAAUAUCCAUCUUCUAUUGGAUAAGUUGUAGACGUUUUCAUCAACUUCCUCGAGGUUUGUAUGUAAUUGGCUUCAGCACGAGACCCGGUACCCUGUAGUUGUUAAGAAAACAGUUAAGAGACUGAAUUGCGUUGAGAAUCA